CAACGUCACUAUUUUGGUGAUCUUCCUUGAUCUUACUAUUACAAUAUUUUUCCUUGCUCUGAUUUCAGAUUGUCCAAGUCAGUGUUUGAAGUGUCCAAAAGAAUGCUGACUGGAUCUAGUCGGAAUCCUACUGCUGCGACUGCUGUGAAUGAGGCUGGUUGGUUGCUUCUGUCAUCACUUUUGUCUUCCAUGCCAAAGGAGGAACUUGAAGAUCAGGUAUUUGAUAUUCUUUCUCUAUGGGCUACUCUCUUUAGCAAAAGUCCUGAGCAUGAAACAAAGCAGGGAGGAGAUUUGACAUCUAGGAUCUGUGUGUGGUCUGCUGCUGUUGAUGCGCUUGCAGCAUUUGUAAGAUGUUUCAUAACUUCCAGUAGCGUUGACAAUAGUAUUCUGCUGCAGCCAGUUUUGGUUUACCUUAGUAGUGCUCUGUCUUACAUAUCGGUGCUACAAAGAAAAGACCCAUCAAAGAUUAAGUCAGCAGUGGACGUAUUCAUUAUCAGAACUUUAAUGGCUUAUCAAUCCCUUCCCGACCCAAUGACAUAUAAGAGGGACCAUCCUCAGAUUAUGCAACUGUGUACCAUUCCAUUUAGAGAGGCAUCUAGAUGCAAGGAAAACUCCUGCUUAAGGUUGCUAUUGGACAAGAGGGAUGCGUGGCUGGGACCUUGGAUUCCUGCAAGGGAUUGGUUGGAGGAUGAAUUACGUGCUUUUCAAGGCGGCCAUGAUGGCCUUGUUCCUUGUGUAUGGGAAAGUGAACUUUCCAGUUUCCCUCAGCCUGAAACAAUAAACAAGAUGUUGGUCAACCAGAUGCUACUCUGCUUUGGGCUCAUAUUUGCCACUCAGGAUACUAAUGGGAUGGUAUCAUUUCUUCAAAUGAUCGAGCAGUGUCUAAAAGCAGGGAAAAAGCAGAUAUGGCAUUCAGCCAGUUUGAGCAAUAUAUGUGUGGGGCUUCUUUCUGGACUGAAGGGUUUGAUUGCUUUACGUCCUCGACCGUUGGCACUUGGGAUCUUAAGUCUAGCGCAUGGCAUUUUUCAGAGUAUUCUGGCAGAAGGGGACAUCUGUGCAUCCCAGCGCAGAGCAUCAGCAGAGGGUCUUGGUCUUUUAGCUCGCCUUGGAAACGACAUUUUCACUGCCAAAAUGACUAGGUCACUUCUUAGCGAACUGGCAGUGGCUACAGAUUCAAACUAUGCUGGAUCAAUGGCUUUCGCUCUUGGCUGUAUCCAUCGCAGUGCAGGAGGGAUGGCAUUGUCUACUUUAGUGCCACCAACAGUGAACUCAUUGUCGACAUUAGCGAAGAGUCCUAUCACUGGAUUGCAGAUUUGGUCUCUACACGGACUUCUUUUGACCAUUGAGGAUGCAGGAUUCUCAUAUGUAUCUCAUGUCCAGGUGGUGAUUCAUGGAAGAUUAUUGCACUUCUAGACUUUCAAAAUUUUGCUUUUCCUAAAUUUUGUUGUUGUCAAAAUGAAUCGUAGGUUUAUUGGAGUAUAUGAGAUGAUAUAUAACAUGAAUAUCAGUGAUCUGAAAGGUUACUGGCUAGCUGUAUGCUAUAAUAAAUUCUCUUUCCACUGCAAUGGAGUGUUGGCAGGUUUAUUUGCAUGAGGUUAUUAUGAACUCAUGAGUAGUUCCUUAAGUCUUGGUUUCCUUCUGCCUGUGAUUUCUCCUACUUAAAGUGGCAUUGCUAAGAAACGAUCUGCAUUGCUAUCCAACCAGGGUUGGUGCAUGAUUGUUCUUGUGCUUAUUCUAUUUUGUUUUAUUUAUUUAGGGCCAUAUUGUAGAUGUGCAUAACGAAUAAUCCGCCUUGUGUCUAACCUUUAUCCUUCCUGAUAAUGUUAUUCAGGCUACACUUGGCCUUGCUACGGAUAUUCUCUUAUCUGAAGAAAAUGGAUUGGUUGACCUUCAACAGGGAGUUGCUCGCCUUAUCAAUGCGAUUGUUGCUGUUCUUGGUCCCGAGCUUGCCCCUGGCAGCAUUUUCUUUUCACGCUGCAAGGUAUUGUUUUCUACUAUCUAAGUCUUUAGUUUAUGUUUUUUCUUCUUUUUUAUAUUUGUAAAGAUUUAUGCACAAGAGUCGAUCUUGGUAGAAGGAUGUUGAAAGCGUUAGUCGCGUUGUUCAUAAGGUUCUGAUGCGUUGAUAACCUAAUUGUGGACCUUCAAAAAAGGCCUGGAGAAACCUAGCACAUCCAAAAAACAGGGAAAAUCUUGCUAUCCUUGUAAACAAAUUGUUAGUCGUAUUGCUAUUAAUGUUCUCCAUGUUUACAAAGUUGCCGAAGUUGUAAUGGCCCCAUCUGUUCAACACACCUUCAGUAAGGGUGUUUUCUCCCAUUGAUUGGGAUACGAAGAGGAACGUGUUCAUAGUCUACACUGAUUAUGCUAAGUCCCAGCUUGCUCUUACAUGCCAUUUAUAACUUUUGGGCUAUAACCUAGAGUCUUUCUAACAUGUGCUGCGAUUAUUGGUGAGGUAGGACCUACUGUUAAGGUUCACUAUGGAACAUCAUGUCUUGGUAAUAGCCCUGUAGCAGGAGCUCUUAGUGGCUCCUGAAACGUUGUCCUCACAUUUUAUCUGGACUCCUGGAGUUUGUAGAGACUUUAACACACCUUUGGUGUACAAUGGUGGGAAGUCAGAUGAACCCUGUAUAAAACUAGAUACAAUGCGUUUGCACCAUGGCCCCGUUUGAAAUGAACAUUUCUUGUUACCUUCUCAACUCUCUAUUGUAGCCCACCAUUACUUUCUUCUUUUGAUUUAUGCAGUCAUAGUAGUGAAACUCAUGUAAACUUCUGCUCUCAGUCUGUCAUUGCAGAGAUAAGCUCCUGGCACGAGACUGCAACGCUACUUGAGUAUGCAAGCCAACUAUUUCUAUUAUUCCUAUUUGGUGCUUACGAUAUUUGCAAAUGGAAAUUUCUUCUGCAUUACAUUCUGAAGCCGAACACUAAUUAUAGUUGGGAAACAAGUCUUUUGUUCUGUUUGAAUUGUUCUUCCAACAUUUGUUGUAUAUUUUACAGGAGUGUCCGGUUCACUCAACAACUUGUUCUGUUUGCCCCACGAGCUGUUUCUGUGCACUCCCAUGUGCAAACUCUUCUAUCAACUCUGUCCUCAAGACAGGUCUGCUUCCUUGAUGAUGGGUUUUCUCUUCAGAAAGUGCUGUUCAUUUCUCUCUUUAAUUUUUGCUUUUUUCUAAUUCGUGUUUGUUUGGAAGCAGCCCACCUUAAGGCAUGUUGCUGUUUCAACCCUAAGACAUCUCAUUGAGAAGGACCCAGUGAGUGUUCAACAGUUUGAACCUAUGUGCUGUUUGUCUCUCUUAGUUGACUUUAAUGAGUCUGUCUUCAUGAAUAGGAUUCUUAGUGGAUUGUAUUUGUCACAGGUUUCAAUUAUUGAUGAGCAGAUAGAAGAUAAGUUAUUUCACAUGCUGGAUGAGGAAACUGAUUCUGAGUAAGUUAAUAGUUAUCACAUGUCACCUUACAUUAAAAGGUGUAGUCUUUCCUCUGGUGCCUCAUUUAGGUUCUUCUGGUAAAUUAGGUGUCCUACUUUCACUUUGAUUUCAUCUAUGUUCUUUAUUGUAACUUCUAUUAGGAUUUUAUUUAUUUUCUGUUUGCUUAGCUGCACUUUUGAAAACAAAAUACUAGAAAUUUUAGGAUGUACAUCUAAUUUCAUUGAUUUGGGUUGGUCUUCAUGGUAUAAGUUCAUCUCCAACCUAGACUAUGCAUUUGGUCGCAUAAGCCAUUGAGCAUAAGUUUCAUGUUCUGCUUGUUUUAAUAGGACAAUCCUCACUCAUAUUUGAAAGGAAUUGUGCAAAUUCAGGAACUGUCCUAUACUUUUCCCCCCCAGCGUUUUCUGUCAUUAUCUCCAUCAGAAUAAACCAUGACCAUUUUGGUAUUUGUGUUGGACUGAAAUCUUACAAUGUGUUAUCCAUGACAUUUCUUUUUUGUUGAUGCGUUGUGUUCUAAUAGAAGAACAAACUGAUUUUAACUGUCAUUACUUAGGCGAUGUCUUGUGCCCUUAACGAAUCCACUUUCCAGUCACUUUAAAAAUCUCUUUUUUUUAUACGACCCAAGAUUAGUGAUUAAUUUUCCGAUUAUGAGAUAUUAUAACUGAAAUGGAAAGUAUAAGCCUUGUGUUUCAAACUAUUGCAAUUAGGGAUGGCUAAAAGCUUUUAAUCACUUAAAUUACAGAUCCUGACCCUGUGGUUUCUGUUGAUGAGUACAGCAGGCAUAAAUAUGUUCACUUUAAAUGUCGGUGUUUGCUUUCUACUUUCACCCUUUGUUUAUGGAGAGCAGAUGUGGACCAUCUUUUUAUGGUUACCCAAGUUCAACGUGACCAUAACCCUAUUUUCUGCACAAUGAUGUUUGUCCAAGCAUCAUCUUCACUGAAAUGUUUUCUAGAUUAAACGGCACAAGUUAGAUGAAGAAUAGAAGUUACCUCUAGAUUGGAAGUAUGCAAUACUAUGUCAGGACUUCCUUAUUAUUCUCUUCUAACUUGCCACUCCUGUGUCUUUUUGGUAAAAUGGAUGUUUAUUCUGCCCCGGGCAUGCGUUUUAGAAUGGGAAUGCAUUGGUUGGUUGAGGAGGGUUUGUGCACCAGUAUCACGUUGUCAAAGUCAGAUUUAGGACUCCCUCUAGCUUACUGAUCAUGUUAUUUCAUCUCGUUCCUGUUAUCUUUGAAUUGAUUACUGCUUAUGUGCAAUCAAUAGCAUACUUUCCAUUAAAUAAAGGCAAGUGGUUCUUCUGACAACCAAUGAUGUGGCCAUGCCGACAAUUGAAUCAAUUCCAUUCAGUUAUAGUAAACUCAAAGUUGCACU